AUGUUACCAACGACUGUGAGUAUGUCACACUUAGAUGAAGAUUUAAUGGGACGAUUGCGUUCAAUCACAACAAAUAAUCGAGAAGAUUUAAUUGCUCAAUUUCGCGCAACCACGAAUGCGAUGUUAACCGAUGAAGGUUGUACAUUUUUUCUUGAAUUAAGUAAUUGGAAUUUGAAUGAAGCAAUUCUUGCUUAUUAUGAUGCUGAAAUGCCCACAGAUAAAAUUCCUCAAAUGAGAUUCGUUGGCGAUGUAACUAUAGGCGACGGUGAAGCUAUUCCACCGAAUACGAAAUUUGUCAAAACUUGGCGGGUGGAAAAUUCCGGUACUGAACGGUGGCCAAGUAGUUGUUCAUUACGAUUCGUUAACGGUGAUCGUUUUCAAGAACGCGAUGAAGUUUACGUUAGUUCUCUAGCACCCGGUGAACAAACAAAUAUUUCCGUCCAUAUAACUAGUCCAAGCGGAUCACGAAUCAUUCGAUCACAAUGGCGUUUAUUUACUGCAGCGGGCGUACCAUUUGGAGAUCCCAUUUGGGUGGUAGCAAGUGUCGAAGAAGGCGGUUUAAUGGGCAUAACUCAACAGCUCGCGCAAUGUCAUUCUCUUGGAUUGAAUUCUCCAGCACAUAUGCAACAGGCCAGUCAUGCGCUUUAUCAAUCGCCGCCAUCGAACCCAUUCCAAUCAACACGAUAUUCCGGACCAAGUUCUGAUCCAAACACGCCAAGUGGAUCUGUAUGGACAAAUUAUUCGCUAGGUUAUUAUCCACAUAUUACGAAUUUUCAUCAUGCAACAACAGAUUCUUCGACAGCAUCGGCGGGAAUCAUCGAUGACAAUUCUUUGGAUACGUUUUAA